AUGCCGCCACUCUCCAACUCUCCACGCCCCUCCCCCUUUCCUUUUCCCCUCCCUACCUUCACCUGCCCUUCUUCCCCACCACAAGUCCGCCUCCCCCGCCACACCACGUCCCGCCUCGUUCGCUACUGCCAGCGUGCAGUGAAUCUGGACAGGGCGCUCUUCCAGGGCACCGAGGGCACAGGCUCCCUCUACUCCCUCCCCACCCCAAACUCUCCUUUCCUGCACCACCCACACAAACCCCUCUUUCCCUUUCCUCCUCUUUCCCUCCCCCUCCAGCUACCCUACCGCCAGCGUGCAGUGAAUCUGGACAGGGCGCUCUUCCAGGCGCACAGAGGGCACAAGCUCAUGCGGGACGUGCGGCCUGCUGCCACUCGAUUCCACCACGCCACCUACACCUUCAAUGCCCCUUCCCUCUUUCCCGCUCCAUUGCCUGCCGCACGCACUCCAAGCAGGCUGUUGGAUCAAGGCGCCGUGCCCUUCCUUCUGCUUGUUAUCAAGGCCUCACGCCCCUUCCUGUGCUACGUCCUAUGGGAGCCUGCCAGCUGGCCGCACCGCAUCCUCAUGUACAUGGUUGACGUCAUCGACUCAGACGAGCACUACUUCAGCACCGUCGCCUGCCACUCGCCCCGCUUCAACCAUUCCCUCCUCAACGCUUCCCUGCACUUCGCCACAUUCGCUAAGGGCAGCCCGCACUCCCUCGAGAUGAAUGACUCCUUUAAUGAUGCCUUCACCAGUGGCGUCUUCCUCUUUGCCAGGAAGUUUCCUCGCGACUCGCCGACGCUGGAUAGGAUUGACAG